AUGAAAUUGGCUUUAGUUGAAUGGCUUGGUUCUACUGAUUGUGUCAUUAAAGACAUGGCUUCAAGUAUGCUUUCUAAGUUUGACAAAUAUUGGAAGGUGGUCAAUGGAGUGAUGGCAAUAGGCAUUGUGUUAGAUCCAAGGUACAAAGUUGAUUUGUUAGAUUACUUUUUUCCUCUAAUUUAUGGAGAUGAAGUUGAUAAUGAAAUUGAGAAGGUAAAAUCUUUGUUUCAAAAUAUGGUAAUUGAGUAUAAUUUGAAAAUAAAGGAGAAAGAGAAUGUUUCUUCAUCCUCAAAUCAAACUCAAAUUGUGUCUGAUGCAAUUGUUGUUGGCAAAAAAGAAGCUUGGAGGUCUAAUUUUGCAAAACAUGUCAGUGCAAAAAAAAGUGUCACGUCUAGUAGGUCAGAAUUUGACGGAUAUAUAGAGGAGAAAGUGUUACCGGAUGAUAAAAAUUUUGACAUCUUAGGUUGGUGGUAG